ACCCCAACAACUCUCUUCUUUCCUCUUCUCUUUCUCUCUCUAUCAUUUUUUCUACAUGGAACCAAUGUGAAAUUGAAAUUGAGAGAGUCUGGAGGCAAAGCGUUGAAAUCGUGUUCAGAGAUCGGUUGAGAGGUGUUUGUUUUAACAACAUUCCGGAACGAACCGUGUGAUCGUCUAAGCUUUUUUCUUUUCUCUCUUGUUAAAUUUAAGCUUUAAAUUAAAGAAAUAUAGUUUGCAUUGCAAGAAAUAAGGGAGAUUUCGGUGUUACUUACUUGUCGAUCUUUUCAGAAGAAAGAAAAUAAUGCAGUUGAAAUCAUUUCUGAGGUCAUCAUCAUUGGGCAGCUGCAGCUCAAAACGAUCCAGUUAUAGUAGGAAUUUUGACUUACCGGAGGAAAUAGUGGUGCCGUUGGAUACCGGCGGGGAGUAUGUCGGAGGAGCAAUGUUACCGAUUUUUCUCAAUGAUUUGAGGAGAAACAACGAUAAUGAUUUAGUGGAAGUUACGCUUGAAUUGGAUGAUAAUUCAAUUGUUUUGUGUAGCGUAGCACCAACACCAUCACACAUUAAUGAUGAAGGUAGUGAAGAAGGAGAAGACGAAGCACCGCCCAACGGAUUUCUGGCUCGUAGUGCAUCGGCGGCCUCCAAACUCCGCCGGAAAUUCUCGUGGAUCCGAUCGCCGUCGGUGAUGUCACGGACAUCGGCGGCAGCAUCAGAAGUCUCCGAUGAUAAUUUUCAGCCAAACACCUUAUCUGCACGAGAGGAGAUGAAAUCGAAAUUGAAACUAGUAAGAAGUAAAUCAACGGCUCAGCGUGCGCUUGGUGGAUUGAGAUUUAUAAGCAAAACAACUGGCGAAUCUGACACAAAUGUGCUUUGGAAAAAAGUGGAGGCGCGGUUUCAUGCUUUGGCGAAAGACGGAUUACUUGCUAGAGAAGAUUUUGGUGAAUGCAUUGGAAUGGUGGAUUCGAAAGAAUUUGCAGUUGGGGUUUUCGAUGCGUUGAUACGGCGGCGGCGUCAAAAAGCGGCGAAGAUAACCAAAAUUGAGCUUCAUGAUUUUUGGUUACAGAUUUCUGACCAAAGUUUUGAUGCUAGGCUUCAGAUUUUCUUUGACAUGGCGGAUAGCAAUGGAGAUGGAAAAAUCACGAGAGAUGAAGUUCAAGAGCUAAUCAUGCUGAGUGCUUCGGCAAAUAAGUUGUCCAAGUUGAAGGAACGUGCAGCCGAGUAUGCUUCUUUAAUUAUGGAGGAAUUAGACCCUGAAUGUCUUGGUUACAUUGAGUUAUGGCAGUUGGAAACGCUUCUUCUGCAAAGGGACAAUUACAUGACCUACAGCAGACCCUUAAGCACAACAAGUGUUGGAUGGGGUCAAAAUUUAGGAACUCUUAAUAAGACCAAGAACCUAGUAAAGAGAGCAAGUUAUGCAUUUAAAUGCCUUGUAUUAGAUAACUGGCAAAGAGGCUGGAUUCUUUUGCUAUGGGUGAUGAUUAUGGCUGGACUUUUCACCUGGAAAUUCUUGCAGUAUAGACGAAGAGCAGCAUUUCAAGUUAUGGGUUACUGCUUGGCUACUGCUAAAGGAGCUGCAGAGACUCUCAAGCUCAACAUGGCACUUAUUCUUCUACCAGUUUGUCGAAACAUUUUAACUUGGUUACGGUCUACUAGGGCCAAGCUCGUCCUUCCUUUUGAUGAUAAUAUCAAUUUUCACAAGGUAAACUGCACCCAAACAGAGUACAUUGUUCACCUUCCUGGAAUUUUCUUAAUGAUGUUGUUUCAACUGCAGAUUAUUGCAUAUGCUAUUGGAGUUGGAAUCUUGCUUCAUGCAGUGAACCAUUUAGCGUGUGAUUUUCCUCGUCUGAUUAACUCAUCUCCUGAAAAGUUUGCACUGAUAGCUUCUGAUUUUGACAACGUAAAGCCCACUUUCAAAAGUCUAUUGACUGGUAUUGAAGGCGUCACUGGCAUUGCUAUGGUGAUUUUGAUGGCAAUUGUCUUCACACUAGCAACAAGCAGCUUCAGGAGAAAUGUAUUGAAGCUACCACCUCCUUUCAGUCGAUUAACAGGCUUCAAUGCAUUUUGGUACUCUCAUCACCUUCUAGCAGUGGUCUAUGUACUACUACUGGUACAUGGAACAUUUGUAUUCUUGGUUCACCAAUGGUGGCAGAAAACAACAUGGAUGUACAUCUCCAUGCCGUUGCUCCUCUAUGUAGCAGAGAGGAGUUUGAGAACAUGCCGAUCAGAACACUACGCAGCAAAAAUUUUGAAGGUUUCUGUACUUCCAGGAGAUGUCUUUAGCCUUACCAUGUCAAAGCCUAAUAGUUUCAAAUACAAGAGCGGGCAAUACAUAUUCCUGCAGUGCCCAACAAUCUCCUCAUUUGAAUGGCAUCCAUUUUCUAUAACAUCAGCACCAGGAGAUGACUACCUCAGUGUUCACAUUCGCAUGGUAGGUGAUUGGACCAAUGAACUUAAGCGGGUAUUCACUGAGGAUGAUAGUUCAGCAUGUGAAAUAGGGCGGGCUAAGUUUAGAGAACGUGGGAAUGUUGAUCAAAGAGGUUUACCUCGAUUGCUUGUUGAUGGACCAUAUGGUGCCCCAGCACAGGACUAUCAAAAUUAUGAUGUAUUGCUCCUCGUGGGACUAGGUAUUGGAGCUACGCCUUUUAUAAGUAUCCUAAAAGAUCUAUUGAACAAUUCAAGAUCAGAAGAACUGGAUUCGACUACCGAAACCAGCGCUUCGGAUGACAGCUGGACAAGUCUUGCCUCUUCAAGCAUCGCAUCAACUGGAAAAAAGAAAUCACUAAGGACAAAAAGUGCACAUUUUUAUUGGGUUACCAGAGAACCAGGAUCCUUUGAGUGGUUUAAAGGGGUGAUGAAUGAAGUGGCCGAGAUGGAUCACAAAGGUCUGAUAGAGAUGCACAAUUAUCUUACUAGUGUUUAUGAAGAGGGUGAUGCCAGGUCAACUCUCAUCACCAUGGUCCAGGCGCUCAACCAUGCAAAACAUGGUGUUGACAUCCUGUCCGGCACUCAGGUAAGGACACAUUUCGCAAGGCCCAACUGGAAGGAAGUAUUCAACAAAAUUGCUUCAAAACAUCCAUAUUCCACAGUAGGAGUCUUCUACUGUGGGUUGCCUGCCUUGGCAAAGGAAUUGAAGAAGCUAUCACAAGAAUUGACUUACAAGACAACCACACGAUUUGAGUUCCACAAAGAGUACUUUUGAAAUAGCAAAUUUAGCAAAUAAGUGACACGGUAUUCUUUAUUUUUCUUUUCAUUUUUUGUAAUUGUCCAUAUGAUUAAGGGGAAUGAAUGUACCACUACACGAUCCAGAGAAAUGUAGAUGCAUAUAUUAUACGAGUUACAAUAGAGAAAGAAGUCAAAAUAGUGAGUUCUAUCUAUAGGAGAAUGUAAUUAUUUGUCCUUUGGGAAUCUCCACAAAAAGAUUUUUCUACUGACACAAGAAAGCAAUCAUGUUUGUCGUUACAGUGUCAAAUACAUACAGCCAAUAUUAUUACUAUGCACCUAUGUGUAGGCCGUAGGGUGUGAAGAAUGGUAUAUGACAUCCUCAGUGCAUUUGUGAAUACCACUAAGCUGCAAGUGUGAGAAUGAAGAGGAGAAUUAAAGAAAAUGAGGCAAGAGAAUGAAGUAACAAGGAAAAGAAAGCGAAGGUGGUAUGAUGUUGCUUGAUGAGCACCGAGUAAAUGACAAAUCAAGCUAUUACAAGGCAAUUAUACCUAUCAAGUUUCCUGAACAGUGAUAGAAAAGAUUAUUUUCGUACUCCAAGAUAAAUAAACUGUCUCGUGUAUUUGUUUCUAUCUUUUUCUUUAUGUUGUCAAAAAAGGUCCAAUGAUAUAUCAGAUAUUACAGAUGGAAGAGGGCUGUCAAUAAAGAAUACUGAAGAAAGUCGAUAAAUUCUGUUUGUAUCAAACACUGGGAAACAAUGAAAUAGAUAUGAUUCAGUGCUUAUGCAGCAAAAACCCAUAAAAGACUUUUGUAUAUCAUGGCCAGAAAAAGUA